AUGAAAUAAAAAGUAGUCUUUGAAUAGCCAUGUCCAAAAUUAGUGAAUGAGUAAUAAUAUGUUAUUUAUAUAGUAUACCUUUAUUUGAAGGUGAUAGCAAAAAUUAUUGGAGGAAAAUAAGGAAUGUUUGUCUUUCAGUUCGAUUAUUUUAAAUGCCUCUUAUCAAAUCGAUUUCAUCUCCUGUAUAUUAUUAAAACAUAAUUAAAGGAUGAAGUGACUUUCAAUGCUAAUUAAACUAAAUUUAGAUCUUGUUCUUGUAUAGGUUAUAUCAAUAAGGAAUAAUAAAUUGCAAAACAAAGAGCUGAUGAUGAUUUAAGUGAUGCUUUGAAAGCUAUUAAGAGAGAGAGAGAACUAUUUUAUUAUGUUGAGAAAGGUAGUUAAAUUGAUCUAAUUGAAAAGAUCAUAAUGAAUGAUCCAAAAAGGUAUAAUAUAAUAAUAUAAAAGAUAUCUUUAUGAACCAACAAGUCCACUUAGACUUGUAAAUAAAAAGAAUUCUUCUGGAUUUACACCAUUAUAUAUAGCAGCAAAGAAUGGAUUUGAGGAUGUUUGUAAAAUCUUAAUUUAAUAUGGUGCUGAUUAAAAUAUUUCAGUAUAAGUAAUUUAGAAUUGGAACUAUAUUUAGGUUAAUUAAAUUGAUGAUUAUCCAUUAGUAGCUGCACUUCGAUGGAGACAUUUUGAAGUGAUUGAACUAUUAUUGGCUAAUAAUCCAAAUGAAAAAGUAAAAAUAUUAUGUUAAUAAUCAAUUGAUAAGAGUAUAAGAUAGAAAUACUCUAAACAUUUUUGA